UCCAAAACAAGAGGCCCUCAGCUCUUAUCUGUUUACUCAGCUGUUGAAAUGAACAAGUUAAUAAUAAAUAAUAAAAAAAAUACGUUUGUAUUUAAACUUUUAAGCUUUAUUCAGUAGUUAUUUCUCUUUAGCUGACUGAGCAGAUUUCAGUUGAAUUAUUUUCUGUUUUUUAUAGUUUUUUUUUUAAAUAGUUUUUAUAGUUGUUUUAUCAUAGUUUGUCAGUCUUUUUAUUUCAUAUUUGAAAUAUCCACAUUCUGGCUCUUUGAAUCUGUUUAUCUUGUGCAAUGUCGCCCCCAGCUGGUAUAGUUCCGUCCCUGCUUUCUGACGUCAUCAUGGAGCGACGCGGAAGUGCUGCCUUCCUGCAGCUGUCGUCCUUCACGUUCCUCUGAGUAACGUUACAAAAUUGUCUUUGGUUCUGGUUUUCAGACUGUAAUCCUCAGAGUUUGUGGUUUUAUGGCUCCUCGGUUUUAAAACUAAACCGUCGCUUAGUUUGAUCACUUCCGCCGGGAUGACGGCUCCAAACUCUGCAGAGCGGAGAGUCUGCUGGGACUCCAGGGAUCUCCUGUGGAAGUGCUUAGAUGACAACAACGACAGAGCCGAGUCCUGCCAGAAGCUCCAGAACGACUUUGAGGCCAAGUGUCCAGCUCAGUGGGUGAAGUACUUCACCAAGAGGAGAGACUUCUUGAAGUACAAGGAGAGGAUUCAGACGGAAGGUUUCUCUCCUGCUGAAGGUCCUCGGGAGAACUCCUGACCGGAGGGGGUCAACCCAGGACACAGAUGGGAUUUAUUUACUUUAUGUUUCUUCUAGCAGGGAUAUGUGAUGUUAAUAUUUUCAGCUGGUGUUACUCUUUCUAUAAUAAGUGAUGGAGAUCUCUAGCAGGAACUCUGAGAUGCUGCAUCUGAUCCUCUAAACCAGAACUUCCAGUUGAUGAUCUUCAGGAUUUAACCCAACAGUUUGUGAAUAAAUAGAUCCAGUCGCAGAGUUUGAUUGUUUUAUUGUUGAAGUUCAUAAUAUGAAUGCUGUAGAAGUCAAAAUUAAAGCCUUACAUCUCAUUGGAAACAUGCA